AUGGAGAACCCUUUGAACGCGAGCGUUGCUCACCCCUACUUCCCGGUUAACGCCGAGCUGCCAAACUAUAUGGCCAAUAGCCUUCCCGUGCCCGUGCUUCUCGCCAGCUUCGCCAUCGGGGCUGGGGCGAUCCUCUCCAGUACUCACCUCAUUGUCACCAAAGCUCGGCCCAGCAUCUCGAUCGCCGACCUGUCUACGGCGAUGUGGUUAGGUCUUUGCGGCUUUAUCCACUUGUUUUUCGAAGGCUACUUUGCUUACAACAACGCCACCAUGCCUUCCCAAACCGACAUAUUUGGUCAACUCUGGAAGGAAUACUCCCUCUCUGACAUCCGCUACCUUGUGCGCGAUCCCUUUGUCGUCUGUAUGGAAACGGUAACCGCCGUCUGCUGGGGCCCCCUCUCGUUCAUUUGCGUUGCCCUCAUCGCCAAGAACCACCCGGCCCGCCACCCCGUUCAGCUCAUCAUCAGCUUAGGCCAGUUCUACGGAGAUGUUCUGUACUACGCGACUGUCUGGUUCGAGGUGCAACGGGGCGCCAUCUUCUGCCGACCGGAGCGCUACUACUUCUGGGCCUACUUUUUCUUCAUGAAUGCCAUUUGGAUCGUCAUCCCCGGUUUCCUCGUGCUCCAGAGCGCUGUUGCCACGACUGGAGCCUUCCGGAUAGCCCAGAAGAGCGCCGCUACUGCUGGCAAAAAGAACAACUAG